CUGCGGACCCACGAAGCGUGCGGGAAGGAGCCCCGCCGCUCCGUUGCGGCAUGGGCCGCGGCCGCGAUGGCCAGCAGAGCCGCGGCGGGACUGCUGGUGGCCGCGCUGGCCGCCGCGGCCGCCGAGGGCUUGGGCGCUAAGGUGGGAGCCAACUCCACCAGGAAUGCCUCGGAGGCGGCGGCCGAGACCGCCGGCAACGCCUCGAGCGCCCCGCCUGCGGGCGCGCUGGCCGCGGCGCUCGCCGAGAACGACCGCCUCCGGGCGGAGGUCGCCCGGCUCGAGGCGGCCCUGCACGGGCUCGGGGAGGGCGGCGCCGGCCCCGCGGGCAGCACGACCGUGGCCGAUGCGGCGGAGCCCAACCUCACGGGCGGCGCGGGCGGCGCGGAUGAUGGCGAGAAGAGCACGCACGAGAUGCUCGUACUGGCAGCGGCAUUGCUGUGCAUGGCGCUGCUGUGCGCGCUGCCCAAGGUCGCGCCCUUCAAUCGGUGCUGCGAGACCCGGCUGCACAGAGUGUGCCCCGCGAUCGCGUUGGUCAAUUUGAUAAUUUUCGUGGGCACCGUCAGUCAGCUCGACACAAUCAGCGUGAACGAUGUCUUCUUCGCGGCCGUCACUGUCGCGGAGGUGUGCAUCAUGAAGACGCAGCAGUGUUUGGUGGGUGCCGCCAGCAUAUUCAUAAUGCUGGUGCUCUGGAAAUUCAAGAACCGCAUCCUUGCCGCCUUGGGCAUUGAGCACGCUGGCAGCAUCGUGGGUGAUUUCCGCGACUGGGCCACUUGCUGGUCCAUGUGGCGAUUCCGCCCCAUCGAGAUCUACAUCUGGAAGGUCGAGGGUCUCCCGGCCGCCAACGUCCACAGAAGGAACGACUUGUUCGUCGAGACCAGCCUGGGCUACAACGUCUGCAUGCGCACCCGCGUGCACAAGGGCGCGGGCCACAGCUGCGUCAUCAAGGAGAGCAUGCAGCUCAACUUCGACGAGUUCGACGCCGAGUCCAGGCUGAAGAUCGCCGUCAAGAACCAGGAGAUCCUGGGGAGCUCGGAGCUGGCGAGCGUGCAGCUGGGCGCGGCCCAGGUGCACCGCCUGGAGGAGCCCUCGACGGGCAGCGGCGCCGUCGGCUGGGGCGCGACGACGGGGCGCACGGGGGACACGCUGUGGGCCCAGUCCCGCUUCAUACAGCUGGACCUGGUGCCCUCCGGCAGGAUCUUCGUGCGCUUCACGCCGGUGGACCUGGACGGCGAUGGGGCCUCGUGCUUCGGCUCGUGCUGCCCGAGGCGGCAGAGGGAGCGCCGCGACACCGCGCUGCUGACGGCGCCGUGA